GCAAAUAAGGCUCUGCAGCGGCAGCACAGAAGUGCCAGUGGCGGCAGCAGCGUCAACGCAUCUGCGCGUCUCCGAACUGCCUUGUCUCGGGUCAAUCAAUCCCUCAGCCCCGUUACCGAUUGAGAUUUAACAGCGGCUUUGGAUCUUAACGAGCCAUCUCCAUCCUCGACCACAGCUCGACGUCAGCCCCCGUUCGCUUGACUACCGGUUUCGUUUAUAUCUAGCCAGUUUCUUGAAAUUUUUAAUGGAAAAUGGCGAUGUUUGCUCAGUCCCCCGGUCUGUUGUGCCUCCUCUCCGUUCAAACUGUGCUGCUCCUCAGCCUCUCUUCACCGGGAACGGCGACGCUCCUCUUUCCUCAGCACUACACGAUGAUGCACUGGGCAGGUCGCAUAGAGAAGGAACUGGAGAAGGUGCUGCAGCUCGUCACCGGAGUUCAGCAAAUGAAAGGAAUUUAUAUUGACAAGAGAAAUCAUUUCGGUGUGGAGCGAAAUACGCCCAAGCAGCUGGUGGAGAAGGUGGCAGGAGACAUCGCCAAACUGCUCAACAGGAAACGCAAAGCUCUGGAGAGAUUGGCUAGAGAAGCUGAAGACAUCCAACGAGAGCAUUCAUGGCAAGAUGCAAUCAAAGAAAAUGACAUCCAGUACUACGACUCCAAAGCCGACUCAGAUGCUCCGGAUGAUGAAGAUGGAGAAAACCUCUUGGAAAACCCAAACUCUCUUUCUUUGGAGUUUGUGGAUGAUCCCAACUUCAAGAACAAAGUCAACUACUCAUAUACAGCCGUACAGAUUCCUACUGACAUCUACAAAGGCUCUCCCACGAUCCUGAACGAGCUGAACUGGACUCAGUCUCUGGAGAGGGUCUUCAUUGAAAACAGUCGUGAGGAUCCUUCGCUGCGCUGGCAGGUGUUCGGCAGCGCCACCGGAGUCACCAGAUACUACCCCGCCACAAAGUGGAGAGCGCCCAACAAGAUUGACCUGUAUGAUGUGAGGAGACGCCCGUGGUACAUUCAGGGAGCUUCUUCUCCCAAGGACAUGGUCAUCAUCGUGGACGUGAGCGGUAGUGUCAGUGGACUGACCCUGAAGCUGAUGAAAACUUCUGUCAUCGAGAUGCUGGACACACUUUCUGAUGACGACUACGUUAAUGUGGCUCGGUUCAAUGAGAAAGCGUACGCCGUGGUGCCCUGCUUCACCACGCUGGUCCAAGCCAACAUAAAAAACAAGAAGAUCUUCAAAGAGGCUGUGAUGAACAUGCAAGCCAAGGGGACGACAGACUACAAGACCGGCUUUCAGUUUGCCUUUGACCAGCUGUUAAACGAGACCAGCGCUCCGAGAGCAAACUGCAAUAAGAUGAUAAUGAUGUUCACCGACGGUGGCGAGGAUCGUGCUCAAGACAUCUUUGAGAAAUACAACUGGCCAAAUAAAACAGUGAGAGUUUUCACAUUCUCAGUGGGGCAGCACAACUAUGACGUCACUCCUCUGCAGUGGAUCGCUUGUGCCAACAAGGGUUACUACUUUGAGAUCCCUUCCAUCGGAGCCAUAAGAAUCAACACACAGGAGUAUUUGGAUGUUCUUGGACGGCCAAUGGUUCUGGCUGGUGAACGGGCGAAACAAGUGCAGUGGACCAAUGUUUACCAGGAUGCUCUGGGUUUGGGUCUCGUCAUUACCGGCACAAUGCCAGUCUUCAAUCUCACCGUUGACGGAGACUCCAAAAAUCAGUUGAUUCUUGGUGUCAUGGGUGUAGACAUCGCCCUCAAUGAAAUUAAAGAACUCACACCAAGAUACAAGCUUGGAGCCAAUGGUUACACGUUUGCCAUAGAUCCCAAUGGUUAUGUGCUGCUGCACCCCAACCUACAGCCUAAGAUCAUUAACUUCAGAGAGCCGGUCACAUUGGACUUCUUGGAUGCUGAACUUCCAGAUCGCAGCAAGGAGGAGAUCCGGCGUCAAAUGAUUGAUGGCAAACCAGGACAGAGGAGAAUCAGGACACUGGUGAAGUCUGUGGAUGAGCGUUACAUUGAUGAGGUCCAGAGGACGUACAUAUGGAGUCCAGUGGAGGGCACAGAUUACAGUCUCGGUUUAGUUCUGCCGUCAUACAGCGAACACCACAUCAAGGCCAACCUGAGUGACCAGAUCCUCCAGGUCCAGUACGGAUCAGUCUUCAAGGAUUUUGAGUCUCUCCUGCCAAACACUUUUGAGUCAGAGGGACAUGUGUUCAUUGCCCCCAGGGAAUACUGCAAAGACCUGGAACUGUCCAACAACAACACAGAGUUCCUGCUCAACUUCAUCGCUCUGAUGGAGAAGGUCACGCCGGACUCCAAACAAUGUGACAAUUUCUUGCUGCACAAUCUGAUCUUGGACACAGGCAUCAUUAAAGAGCUGGUAGAUAAAGUUUGGAAGAACAAGGACCUCAACACGUACGGCUUUAUGGCGGUCUUUGCAGCCACAGAUGGAGGCGUCACUCGAGUUUUCCCUAAUAAGGCCUCUGAGACCUGGGAGGAAGAUCCAGAGCCAUUUAUUGCUAGUUAUUACCGUCGCAGUCUGGACAACAAAGGCUACAUGUUCAGAGCGCCCUAUCGCACCGCCAAUGAUGAAUCCAUACUGAAUCCAGAGAACGACACCAUCGGCAUUCUGGUUAGCACUGCAGUGGACGUGACCAUAGGAAGCAGAAACCUGAAACCUGCAGUUCUGGGUGUGAAGCUUGAUCUUGAGGCAUGGACAGACAAAUUCAAGAUCCUGGCGAGCAACCACACCAACAGCAACCGGCAGAGCUCUCAAACUUGUGGACCCACCAGUGGCUGUGAAAUGGACUGUGAAGCCAACAGUGAUGACUUGCUUUGCUAUCUGAUAGAUGACGGCGGCUUCCUCGUCAUGUCCAAUCAGAAAGACUACUUGAAUAAGAUCGGGAUGUUCUUCGGCGAGGUCGAUGCCACCCUCUUUUACGCCCUCUAUAAUAACUCCUUCUACAGACGCAAGCAGUCUUACGACUAUCAGUCGGUGUGUGACCCGGUGCCCAGCAGCAACACAGGGGCCGCCCCGCGAGGAGUGUUUGUGCCUACUAUCGCCGAUGUGUUAAAUGUUGCCUGGUGGACGUCAGCAGCUGCCUGGUCACUGCUGCAGCAGAUGCUCUAUGGGUUUGCCUAUCAGAACUGGUUCAUGACAGUUGAGGUGGAUGCUGAAGGCCUGGAGUCUAGAGAGACCAGCUGUGUGACGGUACAGACACAGUUUUACUUCAGUAACAUCAGUAGCUCCUACAACAUACUGCAGGACUGUGACAACUGCUCCAGGUUAAUUCAUGCGAAGAGAAUAAACAACACUAACCUGCUGUUUGUGGUGGCUGAAAAACUGUCCUGCGACUCCUGUGAAAUAGAGAAACUGUCUCAGGUGGAGACAGAAUAUAAAGAAACAAAUACAUGCGAGACAAUAGCCACAGCUCGCUAUAGAAAAGGAACCACCUCCUGUUUCGACUACAGUGUUUUAGAGAACACAUCAGACUGUGGGCGGGGUCACUCGUUCCGCCCCUCCCUCCUCACUUUACUCCUCCUCCAGCUCCUCCUGCUGUGUGUUGUGGCCCGCCCCUCUGUUUAACUCCAUCCUGCUGUCCUCCUCUCCCUUCUUCUUGUCUCCUUAAGUUCUCCUUUGUCUCCCCGUUGCUCUAGUCAUAGGUAAUAUAAAGGGACUUCCUCCUGCCCUUAUAUGGAAGCCCAGUCGUACUGCUUCUUCCACUUAGCUUCACAGGUUGUUGCUUAGUGACCGUUGCAGAACUUUGUUGUCUCCUGCCAAUCAAGAGCAUUUGUGGGAGGAGCUUAAAGUGUCUUUACGAAAACAGGAAGCUAGCGAUGUGACGGCCUUCUUGGAUCAAUGAAGAAAUGGUGGAAAAUGACACGGACUGUUCCCUCCUGCCCUUGUGGCAGAAAAGGGGUCGGGUUUCGUUUGACUCCACCACUAAAGGGGAAAGGUCAUCAUCAUCAUCCUCAUCUUCAUCCUGUAAGCCAUGUCACGAGGCUACAGGACAUUCUGACACCGUCUAGCUUCCAGUAACAAGAAAAUAACCCAAUAGGGCAAGACUUUAAGCGAUUCUCAAAAAAAUAUCAAUAACAACAUGUGAGUAUUAAAACCUUACCUCCAUAUAUUAGGGUAUUAAACGAGGAAGGAAGGACCAUAGAUGUUAUUUAUUCAAUUAUCUUUUGUUGAUUUAUGCACUAUAUCUACUUCUUGCCAAAAUGAGACUUGUUGUGUGGUCUAAUUUUUCUAGCCAAAUUAGGAGGCAAGAAAACCACAGAUAAAGAAAGUAGAGAAAUUAAAGAGGUAUCACACCAUUGCUUCAUCAGUCACAAGGGCUUCAUAGAUGUAUUAUUUCUAUUUAUAUCACAACCCUGAUCCGAUUAGGGAAGGCUUUUAAUUUGUGUUUAUUAUUUUUAUCACAAGGUAAACUAUAUUGAUGCCUCAGUAAUAUAAUAUUUGCAGCUAAUAUGUAAUAGUAGCGUGUGUGCAUUUUUAAAGGACUAGUUCACCUAAAAAUGACAAUUUUGUGUAUUUUUAAUUCAUUUAUUUAUCCGAAACAUUCGGUUAGUUUUACACCAAACGACAAUUGUUUAAGAUCAGGACAGAGUGACUGAUUUCCAGCUUAAAAAAAAAAAAAAUCCAUAAAAGUCUCAAAAAAGCAGUCUGUAUUAGGUUUUUCUAAAGUCAUAUGAUAGUUCAGUGUAAUGAAAACCUCAAAACCUAUUGUACAGCCUCGGAAGACUUGGAGUAUUGCAUAUAAAUCACUUUUAUUUCUCCUCUUUUUUUUUUCUUUUUGUUGGAGCAUGAGGGGUCAAUGUGUACUGUUAUUGAAUGGAACAUCUUUAGGUGAACUGUUCCUUUAAAUAAGAUGAGAUGUGAUAAUGAAGAGAUUUUUGAUGGAUUGAAAAGCAGUUUGAGUGUUUUUAGCGCUGAUAUCUGUUGCAGUCGCUGUAAUUCUGUCCUGUACAGUUUUUCACAAUCUCAGAAUGUCAAUCACAUAUUGCAUCUGAUCACAUCACAACACAUGCUGUGUGUUUGCACCAUUAUUUGCACUGAUGGACUUGUCUGUGAAUAGUAACAGUAACCAUGAUUCUAAUCAAUAUGACUAUUCAUGUAGAAGAAUUGUUUUUAUUUUUCAUAUAUACAUAAGGGCCAAAACAUAUCUACUGUAGAUGCGUAGGCUGGAUAAAAUGUUCAGUAAUGUGUUGAUGCAAUCCAAGCAUUUGAGUUUGAGUAGGUUUCAGGCCUCAGUAUCUGUCAUGACAUUAUAUCUUAUGUUGAAAUGUUAAUAAUGCGAUGAAACCCUUGUUUUGGGCCCUGCAUCAACCUUCUUUUAGCUGUGCCUUGAUGCACUGUUAUAUUGGACCGCUUCGCUAUCAGUCAGUUCAGUGCAGUAAAAGUCUUUCAUGGGCCUUAAAACUCACAGGUUGUGUUCGACAUAGAAUACUAUCACACUGCAUACUAUAUUCUUCAUAUUAUUAAAAAAAUACUUAUUAAUAUUCUAUAAUGAACAUUUUUAUGCUUUGUUCUGGUCACACCAACACACUUUAACCAUGUUUAGCCUCGGCCAAUAAAAAAAAAAAAGUUAUUUUACCAAAGUUUGUUUAAAAAAAACCUGGUUGAAAUAUCAAGUCAUGAGUGAAAUGGUUGAUAUUGCUUCCGGUCAUUCUUCACUUUGGAAAUGACAGUCAAGUUGAGUGCAUUGCAUUGUGGCAUACUGUAUUCAGUAUUUCAUGUAAUGCAUAUUAUGACAAAUGUAGUUCCUCAAGUAUUCUAUAGAUCUAGAAAACCUGCAUACUAUGUGUAAUGAGCAUACAGUAUGGUUAGUAUGCUAUUCUGAACGCCUCCAAACAUCGUCACCUGACUGAUAUAAGGGAAUUCAAUUCAUUUUUUAUUUAUUUAGAGUAUUAUUGAGGUGCAGUAUUUGCCAUAACCUUCAGCUUCAUCCCUGCAAUGAACACAGACUUGACGAGCACCAUAUGCAUUUAUUUUGUCAGCAAACGGAGCUAAAUCUCAACCUCUCUGACUGAUUCUCAGCUGCAUGUGUGUCAUUUUAGUCACCAUCAGCUUCAGUGCUUCUUUUAAAAACAGCCCAUCGGUCUUUGUAAAAGCUUCUCACUUUUGGCAAAGUAGGUGUUGGAUUUGAACGGACUGCUCUUCAUAACCUCAGUCCAUCUCUGGCUUCCCAACAGAGACGGAUCCGUACAUAAAUAUAGGAAUGGCUUUACUGCUGUAGUUUAUUUGUCCGGUAAAUAGAGCGAGAGUUUAUUUGAGGUGUGCUGAUGGUUGAGGAAGUGAAUCUGUGUUUGCCGUUAUGUGAAAUAACUGUGAAAAUAGAUGAUUUUAUGAGAAGUAUUGUCAGUUGUUGGUGUUGAAGGAAUGAUCCGUGUCAAACGAAUGUUAAAUAUCUGUCUGUCUCGAGGCAAAAUCUGUUAAAGCCUGUUUUAGUCGCCUGUGCAAUUUUAAAAGACAGCACUUAACAUGUUAAACAUUCCCUCUGUCUGUCUGUUUAAAGAGUUAGUUCAACCCGAAAUGGAUCAUUUAUUCACCCUGUCGAUCCAGACCUGUGUGACAUUCAUUCAUCUGUAGGAAACAAAUUUAUGGAAAGGACAUCUCCAUUUAUUUUAUGGAUGAAAGAAACUCAUAUGACAUAGGGUGAGUAAAUGAGAAUUCAGCUUGGGAGAACUAUUAUUUAUUUUCUGUCAGGAUGUCAUGUAUUUUAUACACACCUUAUCUGAGAGGUGAAAAUGCAUGUGUGAUGCUAGUGGACAUGAAUCUUUGUUUGUCAUCCACCUUCAGAACUGAUUGGUUAGAGAAAUCUCAAAUAUAUAUGUUACACUUCAUUCAGUGGACUGUACAUAUCACUGAUAUUUAAACUUGAAUGCAAUCCUCAUCCUGACAAUAUCACAUAUGAUUCCUGUUUAUAACCCAGAAUCCAUCUACAGUAUGAAUAUAUAUUUUCGACCCCACUGAGACACGGAAAUGGAAAAACACAAUUUCUGAAAUAUAAGUUCAAGGUCAUAUGUGGUACUGUAAUAAGACAACAAAAAAGAGUUUUAAACAGACUGUUUAAGCUUCAGUAUGAUGUGCGAAUAAUAAGGGGAUAUUUCACCCAAAAAUAAAAGUAUAUAAAAAAAAUAUCAUUUACUCACCCUCAAGUUUUUCCAAACCAAGUAAUAGACAAAAUAUAAGUGUUUUCAUAUAAACCAUAGAAAAUAUAGCAACCAGGGGCUUUCCAGCUCUUAAAAGGACAUAAAUGCUCAAUAAAAAUACCAUAAAGCUUGUCCAUAUGUCACUGAGAAGAAUUAAUGUUGUCGGUUUUAUAAAAAAUGGUUUGUAAUCACAUGAGAAUGAGUAAAUGAUGACAUAAUCUUAAUUUCUGGAUGAGCUAUCCCUCUAACUCACAACUUUAAUGUUGAAACAUGUUAAAUGGCUAAUGCGUACCUCUUUCUUUACCUGAUUAUGGAAACAAUCUGCAAUUGUAUUUCAUAUCAGGGUAAAGAGCGCUUCGCAAAGUGGAAAUAUGCCUUGUUCUUGAUUCUGGUGAGUUGUUUUAAUACUUUUUUUUUUUAUUCUUGUAUUUUAUUUUGGGGGAAAAGUGUGUAAUUGUCUUAAAACUGGAACACUGUCGAUGUACAGGGGCACUGAACUGCCCUAAUUAUGGAAAAACACUUUGGCAAGACAUUGCGAUUAAAUGAUCAUGAAUGUGUCGGGCUUGUGUCACAAUUCCAAGUACACUGUGGAACAAAAGUCCUUGUUUUUAAGUGGUCUGAAAGAUUUGCUUUUGCCAACAAAAAAAAGAGAAAAAAAAACAGUAUUCAAAAAGAAAAGCUAAAAGAGGAAGCAGCUUGUGCAAGGGGAGGGGCCUGAUGUAUAACCCGCCCACUGGGAGGAGUCAUUAGCUCAGACCCUCCCCUAGCCCCUCCCCCUACAAAGCAACAUCAUUGUAGGCGUGUUUCCAUCAGCGAGACGUGUGUAUGUGAUUACGUAGUCUUUAGUCUGGUGCUCCGUGACAAAUGUGUACAAAAAAAUAUAUAUAUUAAAAAAAUAAGUACAAAGGAGAAAAUGAUUUUAACAUGAGUGAGGUUUUAAAAUGUAUUAACAAUAAAAAAAAAGGUACCAGUACUGCUAAUAAUACUCAUGAGUUGAGGUCUGAAAUCAUGGUGAGCUUUUUCUUUCAUUCGUUUAUUGGAUUGUGUGUUGGGGGCUCAGUGCCUCGUCUCUGGGUCCAUGUUGCUCCAUUUUUUUUUUUUUUUUGUACAGACAACAAAAAAAGACAAGGGAAAAUUUGUAACAUAUUGUGUCUGUGACUCCUUGUAAAAUAUUUUCAAAUUGUUUAUUACAGAGAAUCAGUUAUUAAAUAAUGUUCAUAUUUUUCACUUCA